AUGAGUGAUCAAGACAACGGUGGUGGCCUGGACCAGGAAGCUGUCAACAAUUCCAUCGGCCAGUUUUCUUUUGCUCCCGCCACGAGAACUACCGUCGUCACCACCACGACCACUACGACCACCACCUUCCCCCCGUUGUUUAUCAAGCCACCCCGUGCUGCGCGAGACCUCGACCCGAAGAUUUAUCCCCUUGCAUCGUCUCCUACCCCGUCGUCGCUGAGAAACGUGAAGUUUGAACUUGGGGGGAAGCCCGUCGUCUUCAACGAACCGGAGGAUACUGCAGCAACCCUCACCGAGUUAAAUGAAAAGCACGACGCGUUGAAGGCCUCUAACGGGCUGGUUCGCUCAGUGACUUCAUUCAGCUCCGACGAUACGCAGUUACCACGCCGCUUCGCUCCCCCGAAGGUAUCGAAUCAACCAUCUCGUCCGUCGAUAUCCAAGCGCCGCCCGUUAUCCAUCCCGGAAACCCAUCAAGGCUCCCUGCGUCCUCCUACCAACAGAGUUCCUUCGGAUCCGUCGGUGCGCUCCGUUCGCUCCCAUGGCUCUACCCCAACCCAUCCGAUAGCAGCCGGUCUGGCGACCCCGGAGACGGAGACCAAUACUUAUGGCUCUGGUGAAAUCGUAGCGUCGCGGAGAAGGAUCCACAGCGCCAGCAUCCCUCGUCGUGAAACUCUAUUACGCUCUCCUCUCUCGUCCGAAGUUGAAUCCCAGGAGAACUCGCAAGGACCAAAUCCGAAGAGAGAGCUGCGCACCAGAACAGUCGUCUCCGAGAGAAACAAACGCCUGGGCCGCUCGGAGGAAAGCUCCGGCAAGCUUCCAGAUACGACAACAGAAACUAGAGCAGAAGAGGAGUCGGGUACUGCGGACACGAGUCAGGACACGACAUACGAUGCAUCGGAAGAGGUUUCCCAGCAGUUGUCUACGGGGUCCUUUUCGCAAGUCCCCAACAUUGGAAAUGUUGCAGCCCAGGAUAUGUGCUUGCCCAGUCCUAGCCUAUCUCCGGUCGCCGCUAUGAAUGCACUGAACGCCGAUUCCUCGUUCGAUUCGGCCGAAGAAGAGCCCGAAAUGGAUACGGAUUCUAGUUUUGACAAUGAGGCUCGAUAUCUGGGCGCUCUGCGCUUGGAGGACGGCAAAGCAAGCGAGCCCUCGAAAGAUACCGGCCUAACCACAAGUUCAAAUCUCCCACGACCGUCUUCGCUGAUGGACAUCCCUAAUGUGCUGGACUUUUUCGAUUCGGUCCCCGAGGGACUGAAAACUUACCUCAUGUACCAACUACUUAGGCGUUGUCCCAAGCCAACUCUGCAUUUCGUCGCCGACGUCGUCAACCCCGCCUUGAAAUGUGAUUUCCUGGCACUCCUACCUCUUGAGCUCGCUCUCAACGUUGUCAAAUAUUUCGAUGCCGUCACCAUGUGCCGUGCGGCGCAGGUGUCCAAGAAAUGGAGACAUAUCAUUAAUUCUGAUGAGAAGAGCUGGAAAGAGCUCUUUGACCGGGAUGGAUAUGUUCUCCCCGAGGGAGAGCUCGACCGUGCCAUCCGGGAAGGCUGGGGAUGGCAAUUCCCCAACGGGACCGAGGACUGCGAAAGGGACCUUAGCGUCUCCACUUAUGUCAAGCCCGACCCCGAGUCUGGGUCGCCUUCUAACUUGCCUUUACUUGCCGGGCCCAGCGAUAGGUCAUCAUCGUCUCAUCGCCGGCCAAAGAGAAAGGCCUGUACACGUGUCUCCUCUCGAAAACUCGCCAAGCGAAAGAUCUCGUCCAGUGGCACUGACCACUCUGAGUCAGCUGACUGGCGAAAGGAAAUCUCUACCACCGAGGGCCCCUAUGCUGCUGCCAACGCCGCUGCUGCCGCCGUUCCAUAUCCCGACAUCGGUCUGCCGUCCCUCCAGGGUCUUCAUCUCUACAAAUCUCUCUACCAGCGCCAUCACUCGAUCCAUAAAGCCUGGAUGACUCCUAGCGUCAAACCAAGACAUAUUGCGUUCCGGGCUCAUGAUCGCCAUGUAGUCACAUGUCUGCAGUUUGACACCGAAAAGGUGUUGACCGGAAGCGACGAUACCAACAUCAACGUGUAUGACACGAAGACUGGCGUUUUGAGGGCAACUCUCGAGGGUCACGAGGGUGGUGUCUGGGCUCUUGAAUACCAUGGCAAUACGCUGGUUUCCGGCUCGACCGACAGAUCAGUUCGAGUCUGGGAUAUUGAACGGGCCAGGUGCACUCAGAUCUUCCAUGGUCAUACCUCUACGGUCCGAUGCUUGCAAAUCGUCCUGCCGGUGGAGGUAGGCAAGAAAGCGAACGGCGCCCCUGAAAUGAUGCCGAAGGAGCCGUUGAUCAUCACCGGUUCCAGAGACUCGAAUCUACGAGUAUGGAAGCUUCCCAAGCCCGGCGACCCUGGAUACUACCAGAGCGGGCCCAACGUCGAUGACACCGAUUGCCCCUAUUUUGUGCGCGUCCUGACCGGCCAUCAACACUCGGUUCGUGCGAUCGCAGCCCAUGGCGACACUCUGGUCAGUGGAAGUUAUGACUGCACCGUGCGAGUAUGGAAGAUAUCUACCGGAGAAACGGUGCACAGACUCCAAGGCCACACCCUGAAGGUUUACAGCGUCGUUCUGGAUCACAAGAGGAACCGAUGCAUCAGUGGAUCCAUGGACAACAUGGUCAAGGUAUGGUCACUGGAGACCGGUUCCGUCUUGUACAACCUUGAGGGCCAUACUUCUUUGGUCGGGCUCCUAGACCUGAAAUCCGAUCGUCUGGUCUCCGCGGCUGCCGACUCCACCCUUCGAAUCUGGGAUCCGGAGACCGGUCAAUGUAAAAACAUGCUGAGUGCCCAUACCGGCGCCAUCACGUGUUUCCAGCACGACGGCCAGAAAGUCGUUUCCGGAUCCGACAGAACGUUGAAGAUGUGGGAUGUGCGAACCGGCGAGUGCGUUCGGGAUCUUCUCACCGACCUCAGCGGAGUAUGGCAGGUGAAAUUCAAUGACCGAAAAUGUGUGGCUGCGGUCCAGCGUGAUAGUAUGACUUAUAUCGAGGUUCUCGACUUUGGUGCCUCUCGCGAUGGGAUACCCGAAGAUCAAUUGGGAAAACGUAUAGUUGUCAACCGCAGGGGCCACGAAGUCAGCGACGCCGAUGAGGAUUACGACUUAUCCGAUGUCUGA